AUGCCUACCAGGAGCUCUUAUCUUCUUAAGGAUGUUCGAAGUGAUGACGAUAGCUCAAGUGAGUUGAGCAACUGGGCAUCUACCAGACGACACGGACGACUGCGGAAUAAUAUUCCAGAAAAGAAUGGAAACUUAGACCGUGGCACGCGCUCCGCGUGCGACUCUAGCACGGCGACGGCUCGACCCGAGAGCCCCGACUGCGCACAGCAGCUCGUCUUGACUUGGCCGCAGCCUCUCCCGCCCGUCACGGAGGAGCGAGAGCGAGAGUGCCGAGCGAGGUGGGCGGAGGACGAGGACGAGGAUGAGGACGAUGAUGAGGAGGUGGAGGACGGCGUUGCGGUUGGAGGUGCAGGCGCCGGACCUCACUGGCGCCGCGCCGCCGCCCCCGCCCCCCGCGCCGCCGUCCGCUGUCCGCGUCUGAGGCCAUUACAUGAACCACAUCUGAGUCCACUAGUUGGUCAAAGACUAAUCACAGACGUGCUAAGCGAUGACGGAGGCUACGUUCAUAUCUCUGGUCCUUCAGCACAAGGACGCAAAACUGGAUUUUUUCGGCGCCACUUAUCGUCCCUCGUGCCGUGCUUCCGUGUGCGAACGCUCACCGCGGCGCCAGGUGGGAUUCGUCCGGGCGUCGUGAGCUGCCGCGCGCGCGUCGUCGCCUCGACCGCCGCCGCCGCCGUCGCCGCAGGCACCCGUCGCGUCGCCGAGCGUUGCGUGCGUGCGGGCGGCGUCUUGGGCGCGUCGCGGCCACCCACGCCCACGCGUGACGCAUGCGGCGGCGGCGGCGGGGCGGCGUGUGCGCAGGUACUCAUUGUGCGACCGGUCCUCAUCCAUCUCGCCGGCAGCGGCGGUAGCGGCGGCGCCCCGUGUGUGGCACUCAUUACAAGAUGUCUGCGGCCCUUGAAGGAUAGGCCGUCAUCGCGCGGGCGACCGCACGCCCACCUGCACGCGCCCGCACGCGAACGACCCCGCCCGCGCCCACCGCCCGCGCGCGCGGAGAACCCCCGCCCGCCGAAGAACACGCGGCACGGCGCCGGCUGGCGCGCAGAUUGCCGUCGCCAACGAGCCCCGCACGAGGAGCAGCGCCAGCAGAGGAGGAUGAGGGGGAGGAGGUGGAAGAGGAGUUAA